CACGAUCUGGUAUCAUACUGAAUUUUCAAUUUGAUCAUGGCUACCACUGCUGCAGGCUCGCCCUCAGGUGAGCAAAUAGCUGCUAGCGCUUAUGCUCUGGAGCCACUCACACCGCAGGGGGUUUCGCGUGCCAUCGUCGUACUUUCUAUCUUUCUUGCUGUCAUCUCUACAACCGUUGUCGGUCUCCGCGUUUGGGUUCGAACUGGUAUGUCAGGAGCUUUAAGCAAGGUGUGGUAUAUUGAGGACUAUCUUCUCGGACUGGGCUACAUUCUCUCUAUACCCUCCACAGUCUUCGGUAUUCUUGCAGCUUACCAUGGCGUUGGCAUGCGUGAUAUUCAAUUGCCUUCUCCGCUCUAUGCGGUCCGCGCAAGUGAAUACAUCAUAUACUGGGAGGUUUUCUACUUCAUCGCCUCAACGAUGGUCAAAUGCGCUAUUGGCUUCACUUGCACCCGAAUAGAUCGACGGAGACGAGUUACCCAUCCGAUCUUCCUCAACCUCUUCGUUAUGGUAGUUAUUGCAAUACUGGCCUUAAUAUUCGUAUUCUUCAAUUGCAGGCCCCUCGCAGCUACGUGGAAUCCCGGGUUAGGAUCGUGCCAAAAGACUAUCAGCUUGGAAUUAGUAAGCUACGUAGUUUCCGCAGUGCAGGCUGUGACCGAUUGGGUUUGCGCCCUAAUCCCGUGCUACGUCGUCUCGAAGCUACAAAUGCCCCGUGCAAGGAAGAUAUCCGUCAUCUGCAUCCUUGCACUUGGUAUCCUUGCUAGUAUUACUACUAUUGUCCGGCUACCCUAUCUGAAGUAUUACAAUACAGCUAAAUAUCCGAAUGAUCUUGUGUUCAACAUCGGUGUGAUAAUGAUAUGCUCUAACCUAGAGUGCAGCCUUGGCAUCGUCGCAUGCUCGCUGCCUCCGCUACGUAAGCUGUUCAGUAUCUACUACAAAGGUUGGAGCAGUUAUAGGAAGGACGCUUAUAAGGGCGGCAAUAUCCAUAGUUCAAGCACAAAGCCAACUCCACUGACCCCGCUGAGUCCACGUACGAAGUAUAUAUCUCAAGACCACAUGCAGUCUGGGAGCGGCAGAUGGAACCGAUUGACGGAUGAAGACUCGAGCCAGAGAGGCAUCAUGCGUCACAACGAUAUUUCUAUAACUGUCAAAGGCGACGAGCUCGUCUCACCGAUCCAGUGAUCUUGACUUAAAAGCUGCCUCGUCAAGAAUGGAAUGAUGGCAAGUCUCGAUAACUUUUCAUAAGAGACCGUAUGUAACUGGGUCGUCA